AUGAGGCCGGCACUAGCUCUGUGCCUCCUCUGGCAGGCGUUCUGGCCUCGACCUGGCCGGAGCGAGCACCCCACCGCAGACCGCGCGGGCUGCUCGGCCUCGGGGGCCUGCUACAGCCUGCACCACGCUACCAUCAAGAGGCUGGCGGCCGAGGAAGCCUGCAGUUUGCGCGGCGGGGCGCUCAGCACGGUGAGCGGGGGCGCAGAGCUCCGGGCGGUGCUUGCGCUCCUGCGGGCAGGCCCGGGGCCCGGAGGGGGCUCCAAAGACCUUCUGUUCUGGGUGGCGCUGGAACGCGGGCGAUCGCACUGCACUCUGGAGAAAGAGCCAUUGCGGGGUUUCUCCUGGCUCUCCCCCGACGUCAGCGUGUCCGAAAGCGAGACGCUGCAGUGGGUGGAGGAGCCUCAACGCUCCUGCACUUCUCGGAGUUGCGCAGGACUCCAGGCCACCCGGGGGGUUGAGCCCGCAGGCUGGAAGGAGAUGCGAUGCCACUCGCGCGCCAAUGGCUACUUGUGCAAAUACCAGUUUGAGGGCUUGUGCCCGGCGCCGCGCCCCGGGGCCGCCUCUAACUUGAGCUACCGUGCGCCCUUCCAGCUGUACAGCGCGGCUCUGGACUUCAGUCCCCCAGGGACCAAGGUGAGUGCGCUCUGCCCUGGGCAGCUCUCCAUCACAGCCACCUGCAUCGUGGACGAGGUCGGCGCGCGCUGGGACGGGAUACCCUCCGGGGCUGUGCUCUGCCCCUGCCCCGGGAGCUACCUCCGUGCUGGCAAAUGCGCAGAGCACUCUAACUGUGUAGAUGACUUGGGAGGCUUUGCCUGCGAAUGCGCGGCGGGCUUCGUGCUGGGGAAAGACGGACACUCUUGUGUAAUCAGUGGGGAAGGACAGCCGGUCUCUGAGGGGACCGAGGUGCCCACCAGGCCAGCCACUGCAGCCAGCCCCGAUCAGAAGAGAACGUGGACACCCAGGGUACCUGAAAAGCCAAGGGAGGUACCACAUGUCCUUGGACAAGGCAGUUCAGCAACAUCUAUUGCCGAGAUUCCUCAGUGGGGAGCACAGAGCACGAUGUCCACUCUUCAGAUGUCCUCUCAAGCUAAUUCAAAGGCCGCCAUCACCUCUUCAGGAAGCGUGACUCCCAAGUUUAAUUCCACGUCUUCCCCUGCCAUUCCCCAGGCUUUCGGCUCCUCCUCCACCGUGGUCUUCAUACUUGUGAGCAUAGCGGUCAUAGUGUUGGUUAUCUUGACUAUGACAGUGCUGGGGCUUUUCAAACUCUGCUUCCACAAAAGCUCUUCUUCCCAGUCAAGAAAGGAGCCUUUGGCCCAGCCAGGCAUGGAGAGUGGUACCGAGGCCACUGCUCUGCGCUCCAGUUCUGUACAUUGCACAGACAAUGGGGUGAAGGUAGGGGACUGUGGUCUGCGGGACAGAGCGGAGGGUGCCUCACUGACAGGGUCCUCUCUUGGGUCAGGUGACACAUAG